AUGCCCGGUUUGGGCAUUUGCCAACAACUUGGGGGACUGAGUCUUGAGAUAAUUCGGUCUUGCAAGACGCUACCCCAAGCGAAACGCAUCCAUGCCCAAGUAAGCUUCAGCAAAGACCUUGUGAUGGGCAAUGGUACCCACGUCCAUAACAUGAUCAUACAAAUGUAUGAUCGAUGUGGGAGCUUUGAUCUUGCUCAUUCGGUCUUUCUGGCCCUUAGCAACAAAGAUAUUUUUUCCUAUGCACAUAUGAUCAACGCGUUUGUUCGGUCUGGGAACUUGAAUUACGCUAGACAGCUCUUUGAUCAAAUGCCGCUUUGGAAUCUUAUUGUUUUGAAUGCAAUGCUUGCUGCAUAUUCCUUGAAAGGGUAUCUUGUCGAAGCUGUGGCUCUCUUUGAUAAGUUCCCAGAAAGAGAUAUUUUUACAUUCACAACUAUGAUCACGAUCUAUGCAAAAAACGGGAAAGUUGAAGAAGCUAGAAACAUUUUUGAUGAGCAUAGUAUGGUUUCAAGCACAACCAUGUUGGUGGCAUAUUCCCAAGCCGAGCUUCUUCCUGAAGCUCAAGCCUUGUUUGAUUCCAUGCCACUGAGGAAUCUAGUUGCAUGGAACGCAAUGCUGUCAGGAUAUUCUCAGAGAGGGCAUCUUCGGGAGUCUAUAAGAUUGUUCCACAAGCAGCCAGUCCAUGACAUUGUCACAUUAAACUCAAUGCUCUUUCUUUAUGCCCACAAAGGCCUUUUGACAGAAGCCCAAAAUCUUUUCUAUGAUAUGCCUGAGAGGAAUAUAGUGACGUGGAAUGCCAUGCUAGUGGCAUAUACUUAUAACGGGCAUCUUCCAUCAGCAGAAGAAAUGUUUUCCAGGAUGCCACGCCAUGAUUCUGUAUCUUGUAAUAUUCUCCUCUCGGCUUAUGCUCAAAAAGGUGAUUUGGAAAAAUCUAAGAGUAUUUUUUAUAGCAUGGAAGAAAAGAAUGUCAUAUCUUGGAAUGCAAUGCUUACAGCAUAUGCCCAAAAUGGGCAUGUUGAAGAUGCUAAUAAAUUAUUUGAGGGGAUGGAAGAUAGGAACACUGUAAGCUGGAAUGGAAUGAUGGCUGCUUAUGUCAAACAGGAUAAAAUUGAGAAUGCAAAGAUCUUGUUUGAGAUGAUGCCGGUGCAUGAUGUAGUGUCAUGGACAGCUCUGAUCACAGCUUAUGCUCAAAGAGGGCAUAUGGAUGAAGCAAAGUGUUUAUUUGAGAACAUGCCUGAGAAAAACUUGAUCACUUGGAAUUCAAUUCUAGCUGCCUAUUCCCAACAUGGAUUCCUUGAAGAAGCAAAACUUGUGUUUGACUCAAUGGAGGAGCAUGAUAUGCUUUCAUGGACAAGCAUGCUCACAGCAUUUGGCCAAAGAGGACUACUCAAAAAAGCCAGGAAGACCUUAGAUACAAUGCCAGAACAAGAUGGUAUUUCUUGGAAUGCCAUGCUUGCUAUAUAUGCUCAAGCUGGGUAUUUGCAUAAAAGCUUGACUUUGGCUAAGUCUAUGGAUUUGGAAGGCACUAGAUUAACUGAGAGCUCUUUUAUUUCAAUUCUCAUUGCUUGUAGCCACUCCGGAAGUGUCUUAGUUGGUGUAAAAUGCUUUGUAUACAUGAUUAAUGAUCAGGAUGUAAAACCAAAUAGACAGAUUUACUCGUGCAUGACAGAUUUGCUUGGUAGGGCUGGGCAUUUAGUAGAAGCAGAGGAGCUUGUGAAGAAUAUGCCCUACACUCCAGAUAUUACAGAUUGGAGUGCUAAAUUUCGUUUGAAUCUUCCACCGGGCCCAUGGGGAUUUCCUCUGAUUGGCCAUCUUCACUUAUUUACUGGAGGGAAACCCCAGCACAAAGUGUUUCAAGCACUCUCUGACAAAUAUGGGCCCAUUGUGUCCUUAAGGUUUGGGAUGGUUCCUACUGCUCUCAUUUCAAGCUCAAGUUUGAUGAGAGAGUUAUUCACUACACAAGAUAAUAAUUUCUCUUCAAAGCCUUACUUAGUUGCGGGUGAAUACAUUGGCUACAAUUUUAUGGGAUUAGGAACUUGUCCAUAUGGCGAAGAUUAUAAAAAUUCCCGGAAGCUGUGUACAAUGGAAUUAUUGACUACUAAGGCUAUUGAUUCAUUUUCCUGGAUGAGAAGCAAGGAACUCGCUAGUCUACUUGAUGCACUUGUACUUAAAUCUGAUAGUGUAAAUGUGAGGAGUAUCAUAUCCACGUUUAUAUUCAACACUAUAACCCAGAAUCUGAUAAGUAAGAGAUAUUUUGAAUAUCACAAUGGUCCAAUGGAUCCAGAAACUGUAGAAUUCAAGGAGGUGGCUAUGCAAGUACUGGAUUUCAUAUUCAAGCCCUCUUUCAGUAAUUUUGUUCCUUGGUAUUUAAGAUGGAUGGAUUGGGAGCUUCCUUACUACAAGCAAGUUCAUGCCAGUCAAGACAGAUUUAUACAGAAAAUUGUUGAGGAGCACAAGCAUAGCACACGAGAGAACAAGGAUUUCCUCGAUAUUAUGCUCCAGUUUUACGGACCAGAGAAGGAAACUCAAGUGAAAGCAAAUCUGAUUGUAAGUAAAUAG